AUGGCGAACUUCUCCAGAUUCAAAGUCUCAUGUCUCGCAAAUUCAACUACUAGGACUUUCGGGAGAGGUUCCAAGACCUUUGAAUAUCGUGGACAUCUGCUUACACGCACUUACGCGACAGCUACAAAGCUGAAGGAGCACGUUCACGACGAGACUUAUGAUGUAGUAGUGGUAGGAUCAGGCGCCGCCGGCCUCACGGCAGCCUUUGUGGCAGCCUUCGGUACAAAUCUCCGUGUUCUAGUUGCAGAAAAGACGAAGUAUUAUGGGGGCACGACGGCGUACUCGGGCGGCGGACUCUGGAUCCCUGGAAACCCCAAGAUGGCAGAGCUUGGGAUGUCCGACUCUCGCGACCGUAUAGAAACCUACAUCCGCCAAAUCUUGGGCGACGAUGCUUAUCAGGAGGAUUUGAUUUCCCCUUUCCUUGACUCAGGACCAAAGAUGGUCAAGUGGAUGGAAGAGAACUCCGCGGUUCGGUUCGUGGGUGUGCCAGCACCAGAUUAUCACAUGGACCGCGAAGGCUCGGCUUUUGGACGCACCAUGAUGACAGAGCCGUAUGACGGCCGGAGGCUUGGGUCGUCCUUGGUCAAGCAAGUUCGAUACCCGCUCCAAGGCAUGUGCGCCUUCGGGUCUAUGCAGACAGACUUGAGCAAGGUCGACACGUGGAAGAGACCGUUUGGGAGCUGGGAGAAUUUCACUUUCUGCUCCAAGAGUCUCGCGAGGUAUGCUCUCGACCAGCUACGAUUCGGAAAGGGCGCAGCUUUGUACAACGGCAAUGCUUUGAUCGGCCGGUUGCUGGAGUCGGUGAGACGUGAGGGAGUGGACUUGUGGAAUAACGCCGCUGCACUCGAACCAUUGGGAGCUAGCGGGCGUAUCGAGGGCCUCGUCAUCCGCAAGGACAACACCGACAUACGAGUCAGGGCGACCAAGGCCGUGGUGUUGGCCACUGGGGGCUUCGGCCGGUCAGUGGAGUGGAGUCGACGGUUACUGCCUAAUGCCGACUGGUCCGCGUCUCCUCGCGGCAACCAGGGAGAUGGUCUUCGCAUCGGCGCCACCGUGGGUGGGAAUCUCCCUCCGUCUAACGGGGACAACGCGCUGUGGUCGCCGAUUUCUCAGUACGUCCCUAGAAAGGGACCAGUUCGCGCUUUCCCGCAUCUCGCCCUGGAUCGCUCCAAACCAGGCUGCAUUAUCGUGGAUGGAGAUGGUCGUCGAUUCGCCAACGAAUCCGCGCCCUAUCAGCCAUUCGGGCACGCAACACACGCCGCGGGAGUUCGCAAGGAGUUUCUGAUCGGUGACAGGAAGUUUCUUCGGACAUAUGGUAUGGGAAUGGCUCUGCCUGCACCAUACCCUAUCGGCCACCUACUACGGAAGAAUUACAUUUUGCAAGCGCCAACUAUUCCAAAACUUGCCAAACGACUUGGUAUUGACCCGGCUCAGUUGUCGAGCACGGUCAACCGCUUCAACCAGUUUGCCCAACAAGGUAAAGACGAGGACUUCCAUCGUGGAGAAGCCAUAUAUGACCAAGGGUAUGGCGAUCCAAACGUCCAGCCUAACCCUUGUCUUGCGCCCUUAGCCAAACCACCCUUCUACGCAUUACCGUUGUACCCUGGGAACGUAUCGACUCUAUACGGCUUGGAAACGAACGGCAACGCUCAGGUUCUUGAUUCCACCGGGAAGGCAAUUCAGGGGCUGUACGCAGUUGGUGCCGAUCAAAACUCCAUAAUGAAAGGGUUCUAUCCCGGGGGCGGUUCUACGCUAGGACCUGGAAUGGUUUUUGGUUAUCGGGCUGGUCUGCAUUUGUCUGGUAGGCUUUGA